AUGAGCACGAAACGUAUUGUUGAAAUGAUAUUUGAUAUUGCGCAAUCUAUAAAUUAUACCAUAAAUGAGGAAAAAUAUGUACCACUCAGCACUGUGGACAGUAAACGAAGUUCUCGAACAUCAGAUGAAACAAAAAAAUCUUACACCAUUAUAGAAAUAGAAUUGGCGAUGAAGGAACUUGAUGGUGGAACGAUAGGGAUCUGGAUUAGGGUUACUUUCUUUUUUGUAGGAUUAGAACUUGACGAUGAAGAUCUGGAUCGGGGCCUUUCUGUAUUAAAGCACGAAUUGGAGCUUGACAAUGGAGAUUUAGUUCGGGAACACAAAUUGGAACUUGAUGAACUCGAUGAAGAUGAUCUGAAUCGG